UUGGAACGUCAAGUCGAUGCAGCGGCUUGGAAUCCAGAAACCCACGAAACGCCGAUCGAGCCAACUGAUCCAACGCUCAACAUGGGAUGGAGUCAAGGCCGAGCUCCCGGUGUCGAGGCCUCGACCUCUGGCGGGCGGCGAAGCACCAGGUGCUGAAGGGCUACGAAGUCCAACAGCUGCGGAAGUCUUUGGCGUUCAGUCUGCUCGCGGGCUACCACACCUAUGUCUUCUUCGCAGCUGGCUUGAGCAUCUUGAAGACACUAUGUGGGAAUCUGAUGCUGGCGUGGUUCAUUUCCUGGUUCCAGGAAGUUAUGGUCGCAGAAGCUGAUCUGUCCCAGGUGUCCUUGGGAUUUUAUUUGGCCGUCCUAACGCGGUGCUGGCUGCUGAUCCACUUGGCCGCGGAGCUCAUGCGCUGCUGCCUGUGGCUGGUGGAGGACUGCUGGCAAGUGCAGACCUUCCAGACCUACCGACAAGUCCUCACGGGCGAGGCCCUUCAGACCAUGAACCAAGCCUCAGAGGAGUUGACAACUGCACAGAUUCUGGCGAAGGCCGACUGGCGCCAUAGAAGCAGCUGGCAGUGGUACCUGGACCUGGCUGUACAGCUGGCCAUCUACGUAUCCUUGGACCUGUUUCCGCUGGCGGCGAGCGCUCCGCACUUCGCGCGGCUGGAGCUGGCCGGCGGCUGCACGGCGCUGCUGGCGAGCGCCUGCUCCGUGGCGGUGGGCCACUGCGCGCUGCUGUACCUGGCCUGGGUCGCCAGCGACGUGGCGGCGAAGCUUCGAGCCUGGCGCACGCCGCGAGAGGCGGAAGCGCUCCUCGAGGCACCAGAACCUGUGGAUGACGUGGAUGAGACGAAUGGGGAGGCAUCGGGUAGAGAUGACCCCUUGGCGCCAGCGCACCUCUGCGCCCUGCUGGGGGGGGCGUUGCAUUUGGGGUGGGUCACCGUGCUGAAGCUGGUGCUCUUCGUUGCCCUGGUGGCGGUGGCCCUGCAGCGGGACGUGGUGGCGGAGAACCCCUUCUGGCUGGUCGCUGCUUUGCUCUUGGGGGUGGCCUUUUGGCAUUCCAGCUUCCAGCAGCUGGCGAAGCGAGCCGGCGGCGGCGGCUGUGAGAGGUGCCACCUUCGCUUCGGCGCGGAGUCAGGCCGACCGGGCCUGGAGGUCUUUGUUGACAAGGUCCGCCUCUGGGGCGAGAAAAACGCUGGGAUGUCUGCGGGGGCCUUGUCGCAGCAGUACGAGCUCAGCGCCUUUGCUCUGCUUCUUCAAGCGGCCCUCUUCGGGAACUUCCGGUGGCUGGUGGGCGCAGUGGUCGUCCUGCUGCUGGUCCUCGCGCUGCUCCUACGCCGGGCGACGCUGACGAGCCUGGGCCGGUGGUGUGCCUUCUGGGGCAUCGUGGAGGGCCUUGGCUUUGUGGCCUUCGCGUCGCUGAUCAACGCCGCCUACUCGGCUUGGGCAGGGCUGGGGGUGUUGCUCAUGGCGGCUCUGCUGCAGUUCACCCUUGCCCGGCGGGAGCUGCGUGCCUGGCGUACUUGGCGGGCGGUGACUCUGGGCAUGCACUGCAGCCUGGUGGUCGUGGUCGCCCUCUGCAUGUGGUGCAUGCAGGGCAACUCCCACUGGUCCAAUCAGACCUCGCGGGCCACAUGGGGAGCCUUCCCGUUUUGCGGCCUCAGGUGGCCGAUCGGCGCUGGGCAGGAGCUGUCCCUCAUCGACUUCGCGGACCUGUGCGCGCUGACCAACCUGGGCUCCAGCUUCAAUGCCUCGCUGGCGUCCCAAUUCCCAGGGUGGACCUUGGUCUACGAGCGAAGGGCCGGAUCGACCCAGAAAGUUGGCCACGGCUUCAACGACUGGACCACCUUCUUCGAGCUGGCAGACCCCAGCAAUGAGACUACGGUCUUUGCGCUCCGCGGCACGCAGAGUCCACUGGACGUGCUGCAGGAUCUGAAUAUCUUCACACCUGUGGCCGUCACGCAGAUUGCUGCCUAUUUGGGUCCUGACCUCACCUCGUCCGUCACCAAGACGGUCUUCGGGCUCUUUGCGGGCCUGCCCACCAUCGACAAGGAUUUCUUCCAGGUCUUGUUGGAGCACGUGCGCGCCAAGGUGGCCGCGGCUCCCAAGCGCCGGUUCUACCUCACGGGGCACUCCCUGGGCGGGGGCCUGGCGAAGCUCGUCGCCCUGGAAGUGGGCCAGGUCUCCGUCACCUUUGCGUCGCCUGGGCUGCGCUACACGUCGCAGAUGCUGCUUUCCGAGCAGUCGGCGAUCAGCCAGCAAGACGUGCUCGCUGCAGGCGACCGCUUGUCCACCGUGGUGGUGCCUGAGCAUGACUUGGUCUCACGGGUGGAUCAGCAGCUGGGCGCACAGCUGGGUGUCCCUUGCGACAAGAACCCGUUCGCCUGUCAUAGCCUGCAGCACAUCCUCUAUGAGCUUCACCAGGGCUGCUGAGAGCCCCUGGCGCCUGAGGCGCGCCUGAGGCGCGCGCCUUGCCGGGAGGCCAAUUCAAUGCACGGAGCGGCGUUGCACGCGGUGCAACCCGCAAAUUUGGCAGGGGUGCUCAAAGAGAAACCGCAAGGAUGGAGAGGUGGGUUUUCUUGCU